AUGGGUUUUACAAAUAUCUUAGGAAAGACAUUAGGAUUUGCUGGUUAUGCUUUACAAUAUGCUUGUAUUACACACUGCACUUUUGAAUAUGUGGGUGAUUUUGUAAUGUGCUCAGGUCCAUCAAUGGAACCAACUUUGGAGACCAACAACAUAUUAUUUACUGAACAUAUAACACCUCGAAUGCAAAGGUUACGUCGUGGGGACAUAAUUAUAGCAAAGUGCCCCACAAAUCCAAAGCAAAAUAUAUGCAAACGAAUUACAGGACUUCCUGGUGACAAAGUAAAGGGCCAUUUUAUGAGAAGUCAGUAUGUGCCCAGAGGUCAUGUAUGGCUGGAAGGAGACAAUUCUAGUAAUUCUUCAGAUUCAAGAAUUUAUGGAGCUGUUCCUCAAGGCUUAAUACGCAGUCGAGUAGUAUGCAGAGUUUGGCCAUUAGAUAAAAUGAGUACUCUGACUCAAGUGUAG